GAUUCAGAGGUCGCAAGACUGUUGUGAUUUGUCGUGUUUUCAUGAAUAUAAACUUGGUUGUCAUUUUCAUAUAUUUCUCUUUCUGUUUACUUAUAUCUGUAAAUACUAAUCAAAAGGAAAAAGCAUAACGAAUAAAGAAACCUCGUUUCUCUCAGCAUCGUGUUCUUCUCUUUUGCUCGAGGAAGAGAAGAAAAGACAAGCUAUGAAGUAGAGCUUCUUGAUCUCUUGAGAUUUUCUUUACAAGGUUGAUAAUACAGUGUGUUUUUGUUAUGUGGGUGUAGUUUAGUUUUUGAAAAGGGAGUUUUGAUGGGCAAUUGCUGGACGAGUACUUGUUGGAAGACAGUGGACGCCACUUUGAGCUCUCGUACAACUUCCGAUCCAAAAACAGAUAAAAGUGAAAAACGGACCUCUGGAAAUUUAUCUACUCCAAGAACCGAAGGUGACAUAUUAUCAUCCCCAAAUCUAAAAGCCUUUACAUUUAGUGAGCUUAAGACUGCCACUCGAAAUUUCCGUCCUGACAGCCUCAUCGGGGAAGGAGGUUUUGGUUAUGUUUACAAGGGAUGGAUUGAUGAACAAACCCUUGAGCCUGCAAAGCCAGGAUCUGGGAUGGUUGUUGCUGUCAAGAAGCUGAAACCUGAAGGUUUUCAAGGUCACAAGGAGUGGCUGGCUGAAGUUGAUUACCUUGGUCAACUUCACCAUCCAAAUCUGGUAAAACUUAUUGGAUUCUGCUUGGAACGGGAAAACCGGCUUUUGGUCUAUGAGUAUAUGCCUAAAGGCAGCCUCGAGAAUCAUCUAUUUAGAAGGGGUGCUCGACCUCUUCCUUGGGCACUAAGGAUCAAAGUUGCCAUUGGUGCUGCUCAAGGGCUCUCAUUCUUGCAUGAAUCUGAACAGCAAGUUAUAUAUCGAGAUUUCAAAGCUUCAAAUAUUCUACUAGAUUCUGAAUUUAAUGCUAAGCUUUCAGACUUUGGCUUGGCAAAAGCAGGACCCACUGGGGAUCGUACUCAUAUUUCCACUCAAGUUAUGGGAACUCAAGGUUAUACUGCUCCCGAAUAUAUCGCUACAGGUCGACUUACUGCAAAAUGUGAUGUUUACAGCUUUGGGAUUUUGUUGUUGGAACUGCUUUCGGGGCGGCUUGCAGCGGAUAAAGAUAAAGUUGGUGUGGAGCAGAAUCUAGUGGAUUGGACAAAGCCUUAUUUGGGUGAUAGGCGAAAAUUAUUCCGGAUCAUGGAUAUCAAGUUGGAAGGUCAGUAUCCCCAGAAAGGAGCUCAUAUGGUGGCCCUUCUUGCAUUACAGUGUACAAGUGAGGCUAAGGUUCGGCCAUCGAUGGCUGAUGUUUUGUCGGCUCUAGAGCAACUCCCUGCCCCUAGAGAUGCAAUUAACCCCUCCCAAUUAGACCGAGAAGCAGUCUCCAGUCCUCACCUGAAGUCUCCAUUGAGAAAUGGUUUUUCUCACCUCAAGUCCCCUUUGAGAAACGGUUAUGGUUCACCUGUGAAUAUGUCUCCCCGAGGUUCCCCUUUGCUACCUCAUAUGAAAUACCCGCGAGGAUGAUGAAGGGGAGCUUACCUCAAUGUAAAUCCGUUCUUUUUCUUUAGCCCUUAGCUUCUUUUUGUUUAGCCUUCUUAGUUUAUCUUGCACUGGCAGUUUCUCAAAGAAAAAACCAUAGGAAUAGUUUGAUUAUUGGCAGAGCACACCACAAUUUUGUCACCAUCAUCAUCGGCAUUUGCCACUGUUGUUCUAACCAAAAUGCGACAUUUUCAAGGUUCUUUUUAACAAUUUCUUUUCUCAUAUGAAACAAUUGUAAAAUAUAUGAAGAAUCAUUUUUCUUAGAAUUCGA